GGUGUCGGGCUCCUGCCCGGGCUCUGCUGGGCGGGUAAAUUUUAUCAACGUGCCACGACAGAGGCCUCCCAGGCCACCUUGGCUAGCGUGUCUCCUGUUUUUGCAGUGAUGAAGCUUGACAAAGAGGGGAACACUACCUAUUUUGAAAAGAAGAAAACAGAAUUGUACCAAGAAUUGGGUCUUCAAGCUCGAGAUCUAAGAUUUCAACACCUAAUGAGCAUUGCAACUAGGAACAACAGGAUCAUCGUGAGAAUGGAGUUCUUGAAGGCUGUCAUAACACCGGAGUUUCUUCUGAUAUUAGAUUAUCGUAAUUUAAAUCUGGAACACUGGCUCUUCAAUGAACUAGCGUCUCAGCUGGCUGGGGAAGGUCAACUAGUUACAUAUUCCCUGCCCUUUGAAUUCCGAGCCAUAGAAGCAAUCCUGCAGUACCGGAUCAGCAAACUGCAGGGGAGACUUAACACUUUGCAGCCUCAGAUCCUUGAGACACUGGAAGCUCUAGUGGACCCCAAGCUUUUGUCUGUGGAUAGGAGUAAACUACACAUUCUCCUGCAAAAUGGCAAGAGCUUGUCAGAACUGGAAACAGAUCUUAAAGUUUUCAAAGAAACAAUUCUGGAGAUCUUAGAUGAAGAAGAAUUGAUAGAAGAGCUCUGUCUGUCUAAAUGGACUGAUCCACAAGUAUUUGAGGAGAGUACAUCUGGGAUUGACCAUGCAGAGGAAAUGGAGCUGCUGCUGGAGAACUAUUACAGACAAGCAGAAGAUCUUGCAAAUGAAGCUCGUGAACUCAGAGUACUGAUUGACGACUCAGAAAGCAUAAUCUUUAUCAACCUGGACAGCCACCGUAAUGUGAUGAUGAGGCUGAACUUGCAGCUGACUAUGGGGACUUUCUCUCUCUCUCUCUUUGGACUCAUAGGAGUUGCAUUUGGUAUGAACUUGGAGUCAUCUCUUGAAGAGGACCCCAGAAUAUUUUGGCUGGUGAUGGGGAUUAUGUUUCUGGGAAGCGGUCUGAUAUGGCGACGCUUGCUUUCUUUCCUUGGGCGGCACCUAGAACCUCCACUACCUCCUCACGUUCCUGCAGUUUUGAAAAAAUCCCAGCCAGCAGCUGGAAGAGUGGAGAUAAAGAACAACCUUAAAGCAGAAACAUUUGGGCUGAGCAGAAGCACGUUUUUGGAAUGA